CGCAUGCGUACGUCUGAAACGGUAGGGGGUUUCCGGCUCUGCAGGAAAAUAUUUCCCCAGAGGUAGACGUUUGCAUCACCAUGUACGUAUUUUAAGCUGUUACGUAGCGACGCAGUAGUGGUACGCGCUAGAGCUGAGUGUUAAGAUGGCGGACGAGGAGGCCGAACAGGACCUUAGUCUUAAGAACGGUAUCAGUGAAACGUUAUGGGAACUCAGACAGCGGUUGCAAGAGCUGCAAGAAGUCGUAGUUACAGAACGAGGCGAGUCUCCGGUCCAGUCAUCUUCUGAGUAUUGCCAAGAGUUUUGUCGGACGCUGCUGGAGUACGCAGGUUGUUGGAAGAUAGAAGAAGAGCCACUACCACUGGUGGAAGUGUACAUCGUCUCUUUACUGAGUUAUGCCCAGGCCUCUCCAUACCUCUCCCUGCAGUGUGAAAAUGUUCCUCUUGUGGUUGAAAGGCUGUCACUGAGUUUUGUGGAACUUUUGUUGUCAUUGAAGGAAGACAUCCCAGAUGGUUUAUGGAAAAAAUUCAGGUCAUCUGUGAAGUUUGCUCACAGUAAGCUGCAGGAGAAUGGACUUGCUCAGCUGUCCCUGCUGUGUGCUUUGGGCCAGUAUGAUGGUGCUUGGACAAAUGAUGUCCUGCAAAGCCUUCUGUCCAACAAAAAUCUACCGACAAAACAAGUUGAGGAGUUCCUGAUGCAGGAGGGGCAGGUCCUGUUGGAGAUGAGAGUGAAGCAGCUGAUGAAGGACAAGCAGUUGGGAGAGGCUGCACGGCUAGCAAAGACAUGCUCUGAGUGUUCUGUUUUCCAAGGGAAGGGGCCUUUUAAGCAGAUGUACCUUGUCUGCCUGUGUUCCACCCCUGAACAGGAUCAGCUCAUGGAUGAGCUUUCCAAGGAGGACUGUCGUGAUGCCUUGGAAAUGAUCUGCAACUUGGAGUCAGACGGAGAUGAGACGGCUGCCUUCAGUUUAUGCUCAGCCUUCCUGAGCCGGCAACUUCUUCAAGGAGAUACAUAUUGUGCUUGGGAGCUCACUCUGUUUUGGAGCAAGCUGCUGAAGCGAUUGGAGCCAUCAGAGCAGGCUUUCCUUGACAAAUGCCGCCAGAUAUCCCUACUUUCUAAAACUGUGUACCACAUCCUGUUUCUCAUCAAGGUCAUCCAAUCAGAGCUACCGGCUCGGUGGUGUGGCAGUAUGCUGGUUGUGGAGGCUGAGUUUGUGAAGCUAACUCGCCGUCAUGCAGUCAAACUGGUGCUGGCAGUGAUCUGCUCGGUGGAGGAGGCAGGGUUAGUGGUCGGACAGGUGGUCGGUUACCGCAGCGUCAAGUCGGCUCCCCGCAUGAAUGGAGCCAUAGUCAUUUUCCUUGAUAGUCUGGAUAAAGUGCGGGACGUGGUGGAAUCAGGAGUCGAGAUCCAUGACACCCCACUCUGGUUCUGCCGCUAG